AUGAAGUUAUGGGAUGUUGUGGCUGUCUGCCUGGUGCUGCUCCACACCGCGUCCGCCUUCCCGCUGCCCGCCGGUAAGAGGCCUCCCGAGGCGCCCGCCGAAGACCGCUCCCUCGGCCGCCGCCGCGCGCCCUUCGCGCUGAGCAGUGACUCAAAUAUGCCAGAGGACUACCCUGAUCAGUUUGAUGAUGUCAUGGAUUUUAUUCAAGCUACCAUUAGAAGACUGAAGAGGUCACCAGAUAAACAAAUGGCCGUGCUUCCUCGGAGAGAGCGGCACCGGCAGGCGGCAGCCGCCAGCCCGGAGAAUGCCAGAGGGAAAGGCCGGCGCGGCCAGAGGGGCCGAAAUCGGGGCUGCGUGCUCACCGCCGUGCAUCUAAACGUCACUGACUUGGGUUUGGGCUACGAAACCAAGGAGGAACUCAUUUUCAGGUACUGCAGCGGCUCUUGCGAUGCAGCCGAAACAAUGUACGACAAAAUAUUAAAAAACUUAUCCAAAAGUAGAAGGCUGGUGAGUGACAAAGUCGGGCAGGCGUGUUGCAGACCCAUCGCCUUUGAUGACGACCUGUCCUUUUUAGAUGAUAACCUGGUUUACCAUAUUCUAAGAAAGCAUUCCGCUAAAAGGUGUGGAUGUAUCUGA